UGCUGAGUGCGCAACGCUAUGCUGGACUUGUUGCGUCUUAUUUAAAAUGCAAUGGCGUGUAGAAAAGGGCAACCUGCAAAAAGCAUACUGAAGACAGAUGAGGCUGGACCUUCCCUUGGUGCUUAUAAUUUGUACGCCAAACGAGCGAGUUUCAAGGACGACGUGUUAUUUCAGCAAAUUGUUACAGACAAACCAGAAGAGGCAGCCACUAGUCCAACGGUCAUUGAAAAG